AUUAUACCUUACAUGGUCCGACAUCUGGCUGCUUCUCCAUCGGAUCCCAUCAGAGUCGGUUCCGACUCUCUGCCUUCCCACUUGGGUGAUGGAUAAAUCAUGAGACGAGCUGCUGUCAGAAAAUAUCAAUACAAUUUCUUUGACUUUAGUUUAUUGUUAUUAUUCUCUUGGCCUGCGCAUAAUUUUGACUUUACGAUUUUGUCCCAYGUGUCAAAACGUUUGGACUCAGCCGCUGUAAGUUGUCAUUUCUUCAAACCUUCUUAAAAAUGUAUUUCUAUAUAUAUUAAAAAAAAAAAGCAGUAAAAAUCCCAUAACUACCGUAUUGCGCCACCCUGGAAUAAACAAACUUUGGCAAAUUCCUGUGAUUGCGCCACUUUGUAAAGCCCACAGUGUGGCGAAGCUGAACAAAGGUUAAAGGUUGCAGCGCUGCAGCUCGACUGCAAAUGAUGGUGGCACCCUUCCCGUACUUAAUUGCGCGGCGCUCAUUUUUCACCGCCGUCGUAUCGUCAKAAACACAUUUCCUGCGCGUGUCAGGAGCAGAUAUUACUUGUCACACGUAAUGAAGUUUAUGCAAAUGACAAAGACAUCGCGGGCCCGUCCGCUGAACUCGCCAGCGAAUCCAACGGCGUUUUAAUCAGACUGUGUCGAACCUGCGGGAAACACACACUUACACACACACACCUGGCAGUGCGGCUCUAGUGGCCUGUGGGGUUGUGCAUCCAGCUUGGUGGCUGACUCUAAUGGUGGCAGUGGGUUCAUCUUGAGGCCAGUAUUGAUCAGCGCGUGUUUACACAGCGAGCUGAGCAGAGCUUUCCCCUCAGUCACAGCAGCUCAUAACACACAGUCAUGUUUUCUGUGAUGAUACAGUCGAGCAGACUCGGUUCCYACAGCUGCCUGCUCGCUCUGACGCUCAGCUUGGUGCUGCUAAGUGAGUUUCCCCGAACAACAGCAAGCGAUGAGAACUCCAGUGUUCGUGAGACCCGUUCAGUGGGUAACCGGGUGGUAGUUCAGCCGGUGGACUGUGUUUUAUCGGAGUGGAGCCGUUGGUCCCGCUGUGACACCUGCACAAAGAAGAAAUACCGCUAUGCUAAACUGGAGCAACCAUCUCAGUUUGGAGGAGAGCCAUGCUACCUUCAUGGCACCCAGGAGGAACGCUGCGAGGUUCCAGCUCGCUACACCUGCGAUAACGUACCUCUGUGUGAGGGAUUCCUCUGCACACAAACGGGUCGCUGUGUCCACAGAACCCUGCAGUGUAACGGAGAGGACGACUGUGGGGACAUGUCCGACGAGGUCGGCUGCACCAAGACGUCCAAGCCMUGCAGGGUGGAGGCAGAAGAGUACUGGGGGAUAGAAAAUCUGGCCAAAGGAAUAAACGUCCUGAACAGCCACCUGGAAGGCGUGGUGCUCGAUAACAGAUACUAUGGAGGCGGCUGCCUGCCUCACUACAUCCAGGAUGUCCCGUUCAGGAAGCCCUUCAACUUGCAGCAGUACACGUUGCAGACGAGAGGCUCGUACGAUUUCACCCUGCAGUCGUUCGAGUCGUACUCUGACUACAUGGAUUACACUCUCAGGGAGCGGAUGACACAAACCUCUUUCUCCAUUGGCUUCGGCAUUCCGGGGGUCUUCAGCUUUGGGUUCAAUUACGACUCCUCCAAAUACAGGAAAUCUGUCAGCAAGAUUCGACGUGCCUCCGGAGUCRCGAACAGCUUCAUUCGAGCCAAAGCGGAGCUGGAGCUGGCCCAGUACAUCCUGAAGUCCGACGGCUUGGUGCUUCACCCGGAGUUCCUGCAGCGCCUUCGCUCUCUGCCGCAGGCAUACGUUUACGGAGAGUACAGGCAGAUCUACAAGGACUACGGCACCCACUACAUCACCGAGGCCACCCUCGGAGGAGACUUCGAGCACACGACCAUCCUGAACAAAGAGAAGCUGGAGAAGUCAGAUUAUAAUUUGGACCAGUACAAAUCUUGCCUGCAGGUAGGCCUCAAGAUUGGGGUGACCAUUUAUGGAGUUCCUGUAUCCUUGGGCGCUGGCGGUGGAUCCUGUGCUGGACUUCUGAAUGAAAUGGGAGAGGACACAAAGAACGGGGCGAUGGUGGAGGACUUUGUUGCUGUUGUUCGGGGUGGAAACAGUGAAUCCAUCACUGCGUUGUUGUCUCAGAAGCUUCCCAGUGAGCAGCUGAUGAGGCUCUGGGGUGAAGGCGUCCGUUACAACCCGGACUUCAUCCGCAUGACGACCAAGCCGCUGUACGAGCUGGUGACUUCCAGGGACUUCGUCCAGGCCGACAGUCUGAAGAGGAACUUGAAGAGAGCUCUGUCCGAGUACCUGGCUGAGACCAGCGCCUGUCGCUGUGCUCCCUGUCACAACAAUGGAGUGGCUGUUCUAAAAGGCACGAGAUGCGAGUGCGUGUGUCCCACCGGCUACACCGGACGGAGCUGCGAAAUCACCUCCAGGCUAAAAGAGUUGGGCAUCGAUGGUGGCUGGAGCUGUUGGGGAACGUGGUCACCCUGCAGYGGCGGUCAAAUGACCCGGAGUCGACAGUGUAGCAACCCGGCACCAAGCAGCGGCGGCCUCCCAUGCAGAGGGCUGCGGCAGGAGUCCACAGRCUGCUUUUAAAGUUGCAGAUGUUAAAGAAGAGAAAGUGAAUAAAGUAUCUACCAAACACGUA